CGUGGCCCGAGCGGCGGAGGGAAGUUGGUGGAAGUUGCGAGCGAGUCUUUUUUGGCUCGAACGCCUCUCGCCUGCGCGGGUCCCCCCCCUUCCCUCCUGCUCCCACCCCAUUGAAACCGCGCUUUCUGGUUGCAACCCCCUCGGGAAGAGUGCUUGCCAGAGGUCUUCUUUCCCCGCUCCCACCGGAUCCCGUCAUGGCCGAAGAACAGCCUCAGGUCGAACUGUUUGUAAAGGCUGGCAGUGAUGGAGCCAAAAUUGGGAACUGCCCUUUUUCCCAGCGUCUCUUCAUGGUCCUUUGGCUCAAAGGAGUGACCUUCAAUGUAACCACAGUGGACACCAAAAGGCGGACUGAGACAGUACAAAAACUAUGUCCCGGAGGCCAGCUGCCGUUCCUGAUGUAUGGCACCGAGGUCCACACAGACACCAACAAAAUUGAGGAAUUUCUGGAAGAAGUUCUGUGCCCUCCCAAGUACCCCAAGCUGGCUGCCCGUAACCCUGAGUCCAACACCGCUGGCCUUGAUGUCUUUGCCAAGUUCUCUGCCUACAUCAAGAACUCGAACCCAGCACUCAAUGCCAACCUUGAGAAAGGUUUGCUGAAAGCGUUGAAGGUGCUGGACGUGUAUUUGAUGACACCACUACCUGACGAGGUGGACGAAAACAGCGCUGAAGAUGAGGGCCAGUCCAACCGCAAAUUCCUGGAUGGGGAUAAACUCACGCUGGCGGACUGCAACCUGCUGCCGAAGCUGCAUAUUGUUAAGGUGGUAUGCAAGAAAUACCGUGACUUUAGCAUCCCGGAGGAAUUCCGUGGCAUCCACCGCUAUCUCAAGAACGCUUACGCCCGCGAGGAGUUUGCCAGUACUUGCCCAGACGAUGACGAGAUUGAAUUAGCUUAUGAGCUGGUGGCCAAAGCUUUGAAAUAAACUUCUGAGAAGAGUACGAAAGGGACGUGGGGCUUCCGUGGCGGGUUGUUUGGAUUGGGCCCGUCGUCGGAAGGUGGUUUUUUUU